AAAAACCACAAACGUAUCUCUUUGUUAGUCCUGAUUGGUCAGCAUACUGAGCUGGGCAGAGUCUUCUCUGCUGUAUUGAAUGAGCUGGUAAAAAUAGGAGUCAGUCCCAGCUGGUCCUGCAGACAGAGGGAUAACUCAGCCUGUAGCCCAGCCUCCUGAGCUUGAGGGCUUACCCACUGAGGUAAACAUCACCAUCACUCUGCCAGCAUGGAGAUGUCCAGUCCAGCUGUUCUGCCGAUGGUUGGCCUGGGCUCCAGGGCUCACUCGGCGGGACUUGUGGAGAUUGCAGUGCGCCUGUGCUUGAACCAGCGUGAACAUCUGUGUCCCCACGUGUGGGUUCCCAUCCUGAAGCCUCAGCGGCCCUGCAUCCGACCCCCAGCAACAGAUCAGCCCCACGUCUACGUCACCAACCAUCUGAGUCACCCCUUCUCACCUUUCUUGAGUGACCUGGACGAUGAUGAUGAUGAUGGCGACAUUUUGAUACCGGUCAAGAACAGACGUGUGGUAUUUGCAGACAAGCUGGGUUUCUCCCUGACGGCCGUGCGCGUGUUUUCCCACGAGGAGGAUCAGCGUGACCUCGGCCCACUGCCCUCCCUGCAGGGUUUGGGGAGCAUGACGGGGGACGCCUACAGCUGCACCGUCAGCACCUGCUGCCCGGGGACGCAGCUCAAGCUGGGCUUCCCGCAGCCCUCGCUGGACUUCCAGUCCUUCCGAGCCAAGCUGGCCGAGAGCAUGGUCACCCUGGAAAACUGCGCCGUCACCGAACAGGCCCUGCAAGGCAGCGCGCGAGUCAGAAACCUCAGCUUCCAGAAGGACGUGCGCGUGCGCAUCACCUUUGACUCCUGGUACAGCUACAGGGACGUCCCCUGCACUUACGUGCAGAAGCGUUUCGGAGGACCCCAGACCGACAUCUUUGAAUUUGAUAUAGCGAUUCCUAAAGUGCUGGAUGCCAAGAGGAAGAUCGAGUUUUGCCUAAUGUAUUUGCCCGCAGGGCAAAGUGAGCCAUUUUGGGACAACAACAACGGGCAGAAUUACAGCAUUUUGGUGUGUGUGAAUUCACACCUCUGCCAUGGGAAAAGCGAAAGUGCAUGAGAAGUAGCUUAAUAUGCCGUCGCUAUUUAGCUUCUUCAUAUAAUAGUGUACUUUUCUAUCUUAAAAGUGUUUGUUUUUGUGCUUUAUUCAAAUAAAUCUUUGUUCUUCCAUCUC